AUGCUCCUUAACUCCAGUUCCAUCAGCACGUGGUUCGAGAGGAUUAGCAUCAUGGUGAUCCUGCUCAACUGCGUGACGCUUGGCAUGUACCAGCCCUGCGAGAACAUUGACUGUACCUCGGACCGUUGUCAGGUCCUCCAGGCCUUUGAUGCAUUUAUCUACAUCUUCUUUGCACUGGAGAUGGUGGUAAAGAUGGUGGCUCUCGGGAUCUUUGGCCGUCGCUGUUACCUGGGAGAUACCUGGAACAGGUUGGACUUUUUCAUCGUCAUGGCUGGGAUGGUGGAGUACUCGCUGGAUCUGCAAAACAUCAACUUGUCUGCCAUUCGAACAGUUCGGGUUCUUCGGCCACUGAAAGCCAUCAAUAGAGUCCCAAGUAUGCGCAUCCUGGUGAACCUGCUGCUAGACACUCUACCCAUGCUGGGCAAUGUGCUGCUUCUCUGCUUCUUUGUCUUCUUCAUCUUUGGCAUCAUUGGUGUGCAGUUAUGGGCGGGGCUUCUAAGGAAUCGAUGCUACCCUGAGGAGAACUUCACCAUACCUUCUGGUAUGACGCUGCCAGCUCCCUACUACCGACCAGAGGAGGAUGAUGAGCGGCCCUUCAUCUGCUCUCUGGCUUCUGAUAACGGUAUUAUGUCAUGUUCCGAUGUGCCAGCGAGGCGGGAAGGAGGACGCAUAUGUUGUCUGGAUAAGGAAGAUGCUCUGCACAGACAAUCUUUGGGCCUGAGUCCUGAGCCACUGUCUAAUGGCAGUGGUGCUGGUGAAGCUCUGGGUCUGUGCAUUAAUUGGAACCAGUAUUAUACUAGGUGCCAUACUGGAAACAAUAACCCCCACAAAGGAGCAAUCAACUUUGACAACAUUGUAUAUGCCUGGAUAGUCAUUUUUCAGGUGAUAACAUUGGAGGGCUGGGUUGAGAUCAUGUAUUAUGUGAUGGACGCCCACUCCUUUUACAACUUCAUCUACUUCAUUCUACUCAUCAUUAUUGGUUCAUUCUUCAUGAUCAACCUGUGCCUGGUGGUCAUCGCCACUCAGUUCUCAGAAACCAAACAGCGGGAGCACCAGCUGAUGCAGGAGCAAAGGGCACAGUGCCUGUCCUCCUCCACCUUAGCUAGCAUGGCUGAGCCGGGAGACUGCUAUGAAGAGAUCUUCCAGCUGGUCUGUCACGUCCUUCGCAAGGCCAAGAGGAGAUCGGCAGCCCUCUAUUACACUCUGAGAGGGAAGCCUGCUCCAGCUAGCGCAGGCAGGAGUAACAGGCGAAGUGGAGGGAAUGUAAAUGGAGAUCGACAUAAUUUGAGGCACCAUAGAUCACACAAAUGUCCACAACACAGCAAGACAAACCAUGACUCCCAUGGUCAAGCUAACUCCAUCAGCCUGACUGUCCAGAACCCUGAGGAGUGCCCUGUAUGUCUGAAAGAAGGUGCAAGGACAGCAGGACAUUUGGAGAAUGGGGAUGAAAAUGAAGAGGAUGCCAUGAAGGAAACAGACAAAGAGGAGAACCACUUGGAGGAGAAGAAAGACAGAGAGGGGAGGCAAAGGAGGACGUGCUUCGGACGUUGCAGGGAUCUUUGGAAGGAUAUGAGAAGGAAACUUUGGGGUAUCGUGGAGAGCAAGUACUUCAGCAGAGGCAUUAUGAUUGCAAUUCUUAUCAACACUAUCAGCAUGGGCAUUGAGCACCACAACCAGCCUGAGGAGCUGACCAAUGUUCUGGAAAUCUGUAACAUUGUCUUUACCAGCAUGUUUACCCUGGAGAUGAUCCUAAAGCUCUCAGCUUUUGGCUUCUUUGAGUACUUGAGGAACCCGUACAACAUCUUUGAUGGCAUUAUUGUCAUCAUCAGUGUGUGUGAGAUCAUUGGCCAGGCAGAUGGUGGUCUGUCAGUGCUGAGGACAUUCAGGCUGCUGAGGGUCAUUAAGCUGGUGAGGUUCAUGCCCGCACUGAGGCGGCAACUUGUGGUCUUGAUGAAGACCAUGGACAACGUGGCCACCUUCUGUAUGCUACUCAUGCUCUUCAUCUUUAUCUUCAGUAUCUUGGGAAUGCACAUAUUUGGCUGUAAGUUCAGUUUGAAGACAGAGGCAGGAGACACAGUUCCUGACAGGAAGAACUUUGACUCCUUGCUUUGGGCCAUCGUCACUGUGUUUCAGAUUCUAACUCAGGAGGACUGGAACAUGGUACUCUACAAUGGCAUGGCAUCCACCUCUCCCUGUGCUGCUCUUUACUUUGUCGCCCUUAUGACAUUUGGAAACUAUGUGCUCUUCAAUUUACUUGUUGCCAUCCUGGUUGAAGGCUUCCAAGCAGAGGGUGAUGCAAACCGCUCUUAUUCGGAUGAUGACCGGUCUUCCUAUAAUUUUGACGAAAAUGAAAAGCAAAAAGACUCCCUGCACCUCUCAGACCCAAAGAUCUGUACCCUGACCCCUAAUGGACACCUGGACAUGUCAUUGUUGCCUGCUGGUCUGUUUCCAGGAGAGAGGUUGACCUUUGCUCUUGGCGCCAGAAAGAACAGUGUUAUUUCUCUCGGCAGAGCCGAUGUGGAGAAGAGGUCUGUGUACCCAGGUCGAAGCUACCACAACUGGGGCCGUCCGCUGCCUCACCACUUGUGGGCCCGUCGUUCCAGCUGGAGCAGUCUCGGGGGACGUCCCUGCUCCUCUUCAUCUCCAUCUGCUAGUCCUGCCUACACGCCCACUUCUGCAAGGCCCUUCUAUGGCUAUGGUUUGGGGGGUCUAGGAGGGGUGGUAGGAGGAAGCCUUCGUAUCCGUGGUCCUCGUGCCUCCUCAUCUCCCCACCAUCACCACCAUAUCCAACCAGAUGAAGAGGAGUCCCUUCUCUCUCCUCCUGCAGCUGCUCCUCAUUGUCUUCAGCCUCCACAUCCGAAGCUCCAUGACUAUUUUGCCUCUCGUAGGGACCGCAGAGCCCUCUCUCUAGAGCUCCCCCACAUGCUCCAGUCUCCAGUUGGAAACCCACAGCAACACCACGCUCUGCCUCCCAUGAAACUCUAUGGUCACCACAGGAAGAAGAGCCUCUCUGGAGGGCUUGUGAUCAGCACCAGUGGAGACUUGGAAGGAAUCCACCAGGACUGUAAUGGGAAGUCCCCACUAUCGCACCUGCUUCUUCCGCCGUCAAGGCGCCAGGCGGAGCAGACUGAAGGGGCAAACCCCCAGAGCCACCUGAUGACAGAUGUCUUCCCCCAGGUCAACACACGCAGCAAGGACAGGGAGGACCUGGAUGACGACAUUGAAUAUAGCUUAUGCUUCCGAAUCCAGAAGAUGUUGGAAGCAUACAGACCAGACUGGUGUGAAACAAGAGAAGAUUGGUCCAUCUUUCUUUUCUCCCCACAGAACAAGUUCAGACAGAUGUGCCAGUCCAUCAUCGCCCAUAAGCUGUUCGACUAUGUUGUGUUGGCUUUUAUCUUCUCCAACUGCAUCACAGUGGCUCUAGAGAGGCCAAAGAUACUUCAGGGCAGCUUGGAAAGAGUCUUUCUCACGAUUUCCAACUACAUCUUUACUGCCAUCUUUGUGAGCGAGAUGACUCUCAAGGUGGUUUCCAUGGGACUGUACAUGGGUGAACAGGCUUAUCUGCGGAGCAGCUGGAACGUUUUGGAUGGAUUCCUGGUUUUUGUGUCACUGAUUGAUAUUGUUGUGUCCAUGGCUGGAGGAGCGAAAAUCUUGGGUGUUCUCAGAGUACUCAGACUGCUCCGAACAUUGCGUCCCCUCAGGGUGAUUAGCAGAGCUCCAGGAUUGAAGCUGGUGGUGGAAACCCUCAUCACUUCCCUCAAACCUAUCGGCAACAUCGUCCUCAUCUGUUGUGCGUUCUUUAUCAUCUUUGGUAUCCUUGGAGUACAGCUUUUUAAAGGCAAAUUUUUCUACUGUCUCGGUGCUGAUGUCAAAAACAUCACCAACAAGUCUGAUUGUCUGCAAGCAAACUACAAGUGGGUCCACCAUAAGUACAACUUUGAUAACUUAGGACAGGCUCUGAUGUCGCUGUUCGUACUUGCCUCUAAAGAUGGCUGGGUAAAUAUUAUGUACCAUGGCCUGGAUGCAGUGGGUGUUGACCAACAGCCGAUAACCAACAACAACCCAUGGAUGCUUCUAUAUUUCAUCUCCUUCCUCCUCAUUGUCAGCUUCUUUGUCCUCAACAUGUUCGUUGGCGUGGUGGUGGAAAACUUCCACAAGUGUCGCCAGCAUCAGGAGGUGGAGGAGGCCAAGAGACGUGAAGAGAAGCGACAACGGCGGAUGGAAAAAAAGAGGAGGAAAGCUCAGAAGCUGCCUUACUAUGCCAGCUACGGCAGCAUGCGCCUGAUGAUCCACACGCUCUGCACAAACCACUACUUGGACCUCAUCAUCACCUUCAUCAUCUGUAUAAAUGUCAUCACCAUGUCAUUAGAGCACUACAAUCAACCUCACUCUCUGGACCUUGCCCUCAAGUACUGCAACUAUGUCUUUACCUCCACAUUUGUGCUGGAGGCCAUUCUCAAGCUCAUCGCCUUUGGAUUUCGGCGCUUCUUCAAAGACAGGUGGAACCAGCUGGACCUAGCCAUUGUCCUCCUGUCAGUAAUGGGCAUCACUUUGGAGGAGAUUGAGAUCAGCGCUGCCCUGCCCAUCAACCCUACUAUCAUCAGAAUCAUGAGGGUUCUGAGGAUAGCACGAGUCCUGAAGCUGCUGAAGAUGGCGACUGGAAUGAGAGCCUUGUUGGAUACAGUUGUUCAAGCCCUGCCUCAGGUGGGUAACCUGGGCCUGCUCUUCAUGCUGCUGUUUUUCAUCUACGCCGCCUUAGGAGUAGAGCUUUUUGGAGAACUUGUUUGCAAUGAAGACUAUCCAUGUGAAGGUAUGAGUCGUCACGCUACUUUUGAAAACUUUGGCAUGGCCUUCCUUACCUUAUUUCAAGUCUCCACGGGCGACAACUGGAAUGGCAUCAUGAAGGACACAUUGCGGGAGUGCCCACCAGACCAUAACACAGAUGUGGACUAUGCCUGCAAUCCGAGCCUUCAGUUUAUCUCGCCCAUGUAUUUUGUCUCCUUUGUGCUCACCGCCCAGUUUGUGCUCAUCAAUGUGGUGGUGGCCGUGCUGAUGAAGCACCUGGACGACUCCAACAAGGAGGCCCAAGAGGAGGCGGAGAUGGAUGCAGAAAUUGAGCUGGAGCUGGCCCAGGGCACCCUCUGUUGCAUGGGCGCCCCCAUUUGUGGGGGUGGUGGGAUUGACAAAGGACUCUUGGCCGCUGGAUCAGGCCUUGGAGGGGGGCCAGGGAGAAGAGAGAGGGGAAGUUCCAGGGGAGAGACAGGAGAAGGAGUGAGGAACCUGCGACAGGCUGUAACGCACCAGGGACCUUAUAACUCCUGCGACUCCCCCCAGUCAUAUUCGCCGGCACAACAGAUCAGAAUGGCAGAGAUUGAGCAGCAUCAUUGA